GGCAAGAAGAAGCAGCACGUCUGCCACAUCCCGGGCUGCGGCAAGGUGUACGGCAAGACGUCGCACCUGAAGGCGCACCUGCGCUGGCACACGGGCGAGCGGCCCUUCGUCUGCAACUGGCUCUUCUGCGGCAAGCGCUUCACGCGCUCCGACGAGCUGCAGCGGCACCUGCGGACUCACACGGGCGAGAAGCGCUUCGUGUGCCCGGAGUGCGGCAAGCGUUUCAUGCGCAGCGACCACCUGGCCAAGCACGUGAAGACCCACCAGAACAAGAAGCUCAAGGCGGCGGGCGACGCCGUCAAGCGGGAGGAGCAGCGCGGGCUGUGACCUGAGGGCAGCCCCUGCUGCGGGCGGGCUGGAGGAGGAGCCGCCCCGUGACUGCGCCCAGCUCAGCCCCGCUGCGGCUCCGGGGACUGCAGGCCCUGGCCUCUCCCGGGCUGGCGUGGGACAAGCGCAGGUGCAGGACAGACGCGAGCGGCCCUGGCCGUGCCCGGGGGCUACGAGCGGCCGCUGCUGGGGGAGCCGGCCCCGGGCCGCCAUUUCUGGACAGGGGCUCGUGUCACUGCCCGCGGCUGCGGUGACAAUGGGCGAACCGGAGCAGGAGUGGUCCUCUGGGGGCCCGCGUCUUUCAGGGCCAGAGACCCAACUUUUGUGUACAGGUUAUUUAAUAGUUUGGUUUGAAUACAAGUGUUUUUUUUUUUCUCUUGUCCUUGGCUCCAUGCGGGGGCUCCAGCAUGAGAUGUUUCUGUAAAGCGACCCGCAACUGCAGCGUGAAAAUAAAUACAU